AUGACCCGGCCACCGUUUUUCUCCUUUUUUCGUCAAUCGCUGCGUAAGCCCAAGCCUAUCAAGCAAGACGUGCUAGGCUUAAGUCUUAUUGCGACGCCUAUCGACGAAAAGGAUGGCGAGUCUCCCUGUUUUUGCCGCCAUUCCGAUGCCACCCCCAUAGAGCUCUUCUUCGAUCUGUUUUUCGUUGCAAACCUGUCUUCAUUUACCGCGACGCACGAGAUCAACAAUGUUGAAGGCCUUGGAGCAUAUAUAGGCUUCCUAGGGGUCAUCUGGUUCACAUGGCUUCAAAUUACAUUAUUUGAUAUACGAUUCGCUCGAGACUCGGUUUUCGAACGAAUUUGCAAGGCUGCUCAGCUGGCUGCCAUGGUAGGCUUCGCGUCUGCGGGAACACGAUUCACGACUCAGAUCCGCGGUGAGAACGUUUGGGCCUUUCAGUCGUUGAGUCUUCUACUUGGCGGAAGUCGAGUACUACUUGCCGUGCAGUACACGGUCAAUAUCUGCUUAAUCCAUGAACGGAUGAGACCCGCUGCAAAGGGGUUGUCCAUCAUUGUCGCAGCACUACUCGCUUCGAGUUUGGUCUAUUUCGGGAUGUAUUUCGCCUUUCAAGAGGAUCAUGGGAUACACUCGUACAUUUGGACCAUUUGGUUUAUCUUGUUCGGGUUUGAAAUGUGGAUGGUGAUGGGGGUAUCUUACAUCACUCCAGAUAUCGGCUUCGAAGACACUCAUUUGGCCGUCCGAAUGGGCCUCCUUACUUUGAUCAUCAUCGGUGAAGGUGUCAUAGCUGUGACUAGGAUUGCCAAUAAAACAGUCCGCCCCGGUGGCUGGACCAAGUGGUCGUUUGUCCACAUAUUGGGAGUGACCACAAGUGUGUACUUCCUGUGGCAAGCCUAUUUCGAUGUCUCCCCAAGAGGCCCACUUGGCAAAAUUUCUCAACAAGCAUGGGCUCAGCUGCAUUUUCCGUUUCACGUGGCCCUCAUCCUACUUCUUGAAGGAUCGCAAAUCCUUGCUCUCACCUUGGAUGUCACAUUGAAAUUGACGUAUUUGACUGAAACAAUUCUGUUCGCAUGCGAAGAGCCGCGGCCUGAGGCGGAGGUUGCCAUCAGGCUCCUGCGAAGUACUAUUGCUGAUAUGGAAAUCGACUAUGGUCGGGGAGCGAUGAAGGAGAAGGCUAUCAUCUCGGACAUAUUGGAAGAGAUACCAACCCUUCCGCUGUGCCCAACCAAUGUGACGAGUAAUGUGUACUUUCUGACCCAUGACCGCAUCGACGAUUUGGUGGGAAACGUAACAGCAGCUUUAUUCUCCAGCAUGGGAAUAACGCCGUCAGAGGGCCGAGACAUCAGCCAACUGAACAAUAGUCAGUUGCUCAUGAUGUAUGUGGAAGUCCUGGGGUUUGUCUAUGUGUACUUUUUCGUUGUAGCGUCAAUCGCGAUGUUUCUUUUUGCGGCUUUUACGCUGUUGGCACAUCGCCACCAGCGCAAGCUCUACGUCGGGAUUGGCGUUGCUGUUCGCCUGGUACUUGCAGUAUUAGUGCUCGGCAUGGUUUCCUUCGUCCAACAUUUUGCGUUGGCGUACUCCUUCAUGACAUCUCCGGUCAUAUUAUACGCAUUUACGGUCAUACUGCUAACAGUUUUGUUGGUUGACCGACUUUUGGACCACUUUGAGGAACGCAGCCAGGCAAAAGACCGGUCUACGCGGGAAAGCGAUGCUCAACUCAUGUCAUCGGGCCCAAGAAUGGUUGUUGUGGAAUCAUCCUCAUAUCGGGUUGCUAUCAGCCAAGAGCGUUUGACAUGA